AUGUCUGAAGAUGCUUUAUUGGAAGAGGACAUUUGGGAGUACAAAUCCAUUAGGAAGAAAAAGCAUCAGGGUAAUUCAGAGAGCAUCUCUACACCCGUGCAGAAAGUGAGUGAUGGCAGGUGCAGGCCAAAGAGCAAGAGAAACAGAAAUAAAAAAAAAUCCGUAGACAAAACUGAUACCCUUCAGAAGACUGAGCAGAGGUCAAGGCCAAACCAAGAUGUAGAUCAAUGUAAAGAUGACAGUAGUGUGCACUCGCAGGAAAGUGUGAGUAGCCUGACAGAACAAAGCUUAGAAAAUGGGAAGCCUGUUCAUGAAGGAUACUGUCCAAGCUGCCAGAUGCCCUUCUCUUUACUGUUGGUCCAGACGCCUCGAUGGCAUGUAGCUGAAUGCUUGGAUGCCCCAGGAUCCAUUGAAAAAGAGUGUCCUGAUGGUUUACUGUGCACUUCCACUAUUCCAUCCCACUACAAGCGCUACAGCCAUUUUCUACUUGCAGCAAGCAGGGCAGGAGAUUAUCUUGUAAACUCUUCACCAAACACUUUGGAGGGGAAGAUGACAUGUUCUGCUGCAAAGCCCAACUGUUCCCCAAAUCAUGUAGAGGAAAUGUCACAGAAUGAUAAGACAUCUAAUAAUGUAAAAAAUAUCCCAAAUGAUGACUGUACGUUGAUGGUACAGACUUCAUCACAAAUGAAGUCUCUAAUCAGUGAAAGAACUUCCUCUUUUCCAGGUGUUCAAAAGCCUCAACAGACAUUUCAUCUCACACAGACCACAGAUAGUAGUUGUAAAUUUGAAUUUUAUGACUUUGCAUCCUCUCAAGAAAAUGUAACAAGAGGAGAUCUGUGUAGUCAGAAAGAUACAAAUCAGCCAAGUCUACUAAAGUCAAAAGCGGACUUCAGUGACUGUGAAAUUUCUUAUUCUCCACUGAGUACUUUUGAGGAGAGUGAAGAGGAAACUGAGGAAGAGGAGAAGAAACUAAAAAUAUCUCAAAAUAAAUUAUUUAAAGUCUGGAACUUUGAAGAUGCAGAAUCUAAUUCUGUGGCAUUUCAAACAUUUGAUGGACUUCUCUUACAGCAGAAACCUCAGUGUGAGCAUACCAAAAUGGGAAAUUUUGUAAUUAAAAAAAAAGACUGUGACAAAGUGAAUACAUUGAACCAUCCAGAUGAUAACAUAAAACCUGUUUCUCAGAGUCACAUGAACAGAAAGUUCUGUAAUUCAACAUGUGUAAGUAAUCAGCAUCAGCAAGAGGUGCUAGCCAGGGCAUCCUCUUUACCUUUUAAUUGCGAGGAGGUUGAACAGUCAGGAUUGAUUUCCUCAGCUGCUGCAGAGGCAGAAGAUACUGGUGCUUGUGCUUUGGAUUCUGCAUAUGUGAGUUUUACAGAGACAUCAUCACUGCUAGUCAGAGAAGAUGCUGGUUCACUUCUAGCACAGAAAAAUAAGGUUUUGAGGGACCCAGGUAACAUUUUAACUGAUAGAGAUAAAAUGACUUCCAAUGCAAUUGAAGGAACAGCUCGCCAGGAGAGUUUGCAGUCAGUAGUGGAGAAAGAAGGAAAUCUUAAUACAGCUGCACUGUGCUUUCCCAGCCCCAUCUCCAAAACAGUACCAUCUCCUUCUUUAGCAAGUAUGAAUACCAAAUCUAGUUCUGCCAGAGAACUCAAACAAAUGGACAUUGGUGUUUUCUUUGGGUUAAAACCCAAAGUAAAAGAGGAAAGCAAAGGAGAGAUGCCUUUGAGUGAGGGAAAGCAGAUAUCAAGUUCAGUAACUCCUAAUGGAAAAAGGUCCAGACAGCAAAAAAGGAAAGCUGGAGGGUCUGUGGAAGAUGCAGAAGCAGUUACAGAAAGUUCAAGUAAAAAUGGAGCCUUUGCAGAUAUAAGUUCUGGUGGCCAACGAAGGUGGAGAAAAAAAUUUAAAGAAUUACCUUCUCCAGGUGAAGUAACAAGCAAAAAACACUGCCCUUUCUACAAGAAAAUACCAGGAACUGGUUUUACAGUUGAUGCCUUCCAGUAUGGAGAAAUUGAAGGCUGCACAGCUUAUUUCCUUACUCACUUUCACUCUGAUCACUAUUGUGGGCUGACAAAAAACUUCAUGUUUCCAAUCUACUGUAAUAAGAUAACUGGGAACCUGGUGAAGAGCAAACUUCGAGUCAAAGAGGAGUACAUCCACGUGCUGCCAAUGGACACAGAAUGUACAGUGAAUGGGAUCAAAGUGGUGUUGCUCGAUGCCAAUCAUUGUCCAGGUGCAACAAUGAUCCUUUUCUAUCUACCCAGUGGAACUGUUAUUCUGCACACAGGAGACUUCAGGGCAGAUCCCUCUAUGGAGCGCUACCCUGCUUUGGUUGGUCAACAGGUCCAUACCCUUUACCUUGAUACCACAUACUGUAGUCCUGAAUACACUUUUCCUUCUCAACAAGAGGUUAUCCAGUUUGCUGUCAAUACUGCCUUUGAGACAGUGACUUUAAACCCGCGUACUCUAGUUGUCUGUGGCACCUAUUCCAUUGGAAAAGAAAAAGUAUUUUUAGCAAUUGCUGAAGUUCUGGGCUCAAAAGCAAGUGUGUCCCGCGAUAAGUACAAAACACUGCAGUGCUUGGAGUCAGCAGCUGUUGAUUCCCUCAUCAGUGUGGACUGGGACAGUACUUUGCUUCACGUUCUUCCCAUGAUGCAAAUUAAUUUUAAGGGCUUGCAAGAUCACUUGAAUAAGUUUUCUGAGAAUUUUGAUCAAGUUCUGGCUUUCAAACCUACUGGGUGGACCUACUCUGAUUCAUGCCUUUCUCUGGUGGAUAUCAAACCUCAGAAAAGAGGAAAGAUCACCAUAUAUGGGAUUCCUUACAGUGAACACAGCAGUUACCUGGAAAUGAAGCGUUUUGUUCAAUGGUUGAAGCCACAGAAGAUCAUCCCCACUGUAAAUGCUGGUGACUGGAAAGCCAGAAGCUUGAUGGAGAAGCAUUUUAGAGACUGGAUGGCUGAGGGCAGUAGGCAUAAAUAACUAUAAGAAAGAUUGUAUAUUUCAAAGGAGGUAGGCUGGAGUUGGAAUUCGGAGUUGCUGUGAGUUUUAUUCAACUCCUUUUUCCAUGGAGCUUUCUUUAGG